AAAGUGAUUGGAGAAUAACAGGGUAGGAAUGGUAUUUAUUCAGACAGAUCAUUAUAGAACAUUGAGCACCCUGGAUAGAAGUGGAAGAGAUUCUUAAGUGAGAAAGAAACUUCCAAGGCUAGUUUGCCAAAGAAAAAUGGGCACCAAGGGCAAAGUUAUUAAAUGCAAAGCAGCUAUUGCCUGGGAAGCAGGCAAGCCCCUCUGCAUAGAAGAGGUCGAGGUAGCUCCUCCCAAGGCUCAUGAAGUUCGCGUCCAGAUAAUCGCCACUGCCCUGUGCCAUACUGACGCCCAUCCGAUCAAUCCUAAAUUUAAAGAGGCCCUCUUCCCAGUGAUCCUUGGCCAUGAGGGCGCAGGAAUUGUGGAAAGUGUUGGGCCAGGAGUGACCAGUUUCAAACCAGGUGACAAAGUAAUUCCACUCUACAUGCCUCAAUGUGGAAAAUGCAAGUUCUGUCUGAGUCCACUCACAAAUUUCUGUACAAAACUCAGUCUAGUCAAAAAUCCUAUUGUUGAUCAAGAACUAAUGGAAGACAAAACCAGCAGGUUUACCUGCAAAGGAAAACCAAUUUACCAUUUCAUGGGAACCAGCACCUUCACUCAGUACACCGUCGUGUCAGAUAUUAAUCUUGCCAAAAUUGAUGAUGAUGCAAAUUUAGAGAGAGUUUGUCUGUUAGGAUGUGGGUUUUCAACUGGCUAUGGAGCUGCAAUCAACACUGCCAAGGUCACCCCUGGUUCUACUUGUGCCAUCUUUGGCCUAGGAGGUGUUGGUCUUUCUGCUAUAAUGGGUUGUAAAGUAGCAGGAGCUUCCAGAAUUAUAGCUAUUGACAUCAACAGUGAGAAGUUUACAAAGGCCAAAGCCCUCGGAGCCACUGACUGCCUCAAUCCUAGAAACCUACAUAAACCCAUCCAGGAGGUCAUCAUUGAAAUGACCAAAGGAGGGGUGGAUUUUGCCCUUGAUUGUGCAGGUGGACCUGAAGCCAUGAGAGCAGCCCUGGACUGUACAACAGCAGGUUGGGGAUCAUGUACUUUCAUCGGGGUAGACUCUGAAAUUAGAGGAUUGACUAUAUCUCCAGUGGAGCUCAUAAUGGGCCGUACCAUAAAUGGAACAUGCUUUGGUGGUUGGAAAAGCAUUGAUUCUAUUCCAAAGCUGGUUACUGACUACAAGAAUAAGAUAUUUGAUCUGGAUAUAUUGGUGACCCAUACCCUGCCUUUUGACAAAAUCAAUGAGGCAUUUGACCUAAUGAACCAAGGCAAAAGCAUUCGAAUAGUCCUGACCUUUUGAAGACACGAGGAACAAACUGGAAUCCUAUCUGACUGAAUCUGAACCUGUCUGGUUAAUUUAUAUCCUGUAACGAUGAGCCAAGAAUUGCCAAGAAUUUAAACAACUAUUUACAAUUAACAUCUCAACAUCAAAUAAUUAUAAACAUUUAUGGCAUUUGUAUCCAUAAAAUGCAUUAAUAUUUCCUAUUUAGCAACUAUGAUAACUGAUGUGUUUAUGAAUAGAAUUAUAUGAUGAGAAUUGCUUAAAACUCAUUCUGGAGAGGUGGGAAUGGGGAAUGAAGGGUAAGAAGCAAAGCCAUAUUGGCUACAUGAUUAUAAUUUUUAAGGUUGGGUGAUAAAUAUACAAAGUUUCAUUAUACUUUUCUCUGUACUUUUGUAUAUGUUUAAAAUUUUCCACAAAAAAUUUUUACUUGAAAAAAUUACUAUUAUAUACAUAUACAUAAGAUACAUACAUCAUUGAAAUAUAUAUACAAAUUGCUGUCACAUAAUUUCUGGGUUUCAAUAAGCUACAAGCUAAUCUUCUUUAAUAAACUACUAAAUAAUUUCCUUUUUAACAUCUGUUAAUUUCUUUUCUCUUAGUUCUACUUUAUCACUAUGAACUAUAAUCACAAUAGUGGGAUAUCAGAAGAUAUAUAAAUGAAUAUAGAUAUAUUAAAAAUGAAGAUUUUUAAAAAGCAAAAACACAUGUACAUUCUCAAAUUUCCAUCUGUAUUAAAUGCCCUUUUCAUCUUUGAUAAUCAUUAAACAUAUAAUGUCUAGA